AGGAGGGGACGAGGGAAAGAAGAUAGGAGGAGAGAGAUCCCGAAAAUCCUUUGAAAGGAACAGAAAACCGUUUGAGUGGCCGGCCCAGAAGAAAAGGACUUAGUGGAGGUAGAAAGUGAAGAAAGAAACUGCUUAAAGUGUCUCUGUGUGGAUUGUACUGCUGCUGAGGAGCUGCUGGGGGAUUAGAUGAGUUUGACUUCACGAUGAGGAGCGACCCUGUUCUUUUCACUUCCAACAGGGCGAUGGAGGAACUGGUGUGUGAGCUUCGUCUGUUCCUUGACCUGUUGGACAGGGAGUAUCUGAGCGCCGGGGUUAGAGAGAAGAAGAUGCACCUCUCCAACAUCCUCCACAGAGUCCUCUCAGAGAAAGAGCCUUCAUUCAAGUCAGAGAUUCACAGUGGUCUGCCGGCCCCGCCUCAGAUGCCCCUUCCUGAGAUCCCUCACCCCUGGCUGCCUCCAAACAAUGGCCCUCCUCCUCUGCCCAGCUCCUCUCUACCAGAAGGCUACUAUGAGGAAGCGGUUCCUUUAAGUCCUGGAAAGACUCCUGAAUACAUCACUGCCAACUAUGACUCGGAUGCCAUGAGCAGCUCCUAUGAGUCAUACGAUGAGGAAGAGGAGGAUGGAAAGGGCCAAAAGAUGCAUCACCAGUGGCCAUCUGCAGAGGCGUCCAUGGAUUUGGUGAAGGACGCUCGGAUCUGUGCGUUCUUGCUGCGCAAAAAGCGCUUUGGCCAGUGGACCAAACUCCUCUGUGUCAUCAAAGAUAACAAACUGCUGUGUUACAAGUCCUCCAAAGACCACACCCCCCAGAUGGAGCUGACCCUGUCAGGGUGCAGCAUCACACAUAUCCCUAAAGAUGGCAAGAAGAAGAAGCACGAGCUGAAGAUUGUUCAUCAGGGGGCGGAUGCGCUGGUGCUGGCUGUGCAGAGCAAAGAACAGGCUGAGGAGUGGCUCAAGGUGAUGAGAGAGGUGUGUGUUAAUGGGGGUGGAGACAUGGAUGGAGCUGGAGCUGGAUCACCAGUGCACAAACCCGAGCUGGAAAAGAAGGCUUCAUGUGACAGACCAAGCUCAGAUGGUGAAGCAUCUCAUGAAAAUGGACACAGCGACUACAAGGACCAAGUGAAUCAGCUGCGCGCUCAAGAUCAGACUGAAGACGAAACCACUAAAAAGAUGAGAAAGGGGAAGAAGAACUCAAAGUCAGAGCAAAAGAUCGGGACAGUUGGUAAGGGAGCAGGGAAGAAGAUCACCAAAAUCAUCGGGCUGGGUAAGAAGAAGCCAUCUACAGAUGAGCAGACCUCAUCAGCUGAAGAAGAUGUACCCACAUGUGGCUACCUGAACGUGUUGUCCAAUAACCGUUGGAGGGAGCGUUGGUGCCGCCUGAAGGACAACCAGCUGCUACUCCACAAGGACCGUGAUGACUUGAAAUGCCACAUCGCCUCACUGCCCCUUCGAGGCUGCGAGGUCAGCCCUGGCCUUGAUCACAAACACCCGUUUGCCUUCCGCCUGCUUCGGAACAGCCAGGAGGUUGCUGUACUGGAGGCCUCUUCCUCUGAAGGGAUGGGUCGCUGGUUGGGGAUUUUAUUGGCUGAGACUGGCUCCACCACCGACCCAGCCACCCUACACUACGACUAUAUUGAUGUUGAGACCACAGCCAAUGUCAUCCAGCUGGCCAAGCAGUCCUUUUGUUUCACCAGCAAGCGUGCUGUCUCACCUAACCCAUACCUGGAUAACCCUGUCAAUGGCUAUGCCUGCCCCACUGGUGUGGCUCUGCACUAUGAUGAUGUGCCCAUUAACGGCACGGACCCGGAGGUGCAGUACUCCAGUACCAUCACAGUGGAGUGCCAGCUGAAACAGGAGCUGCACUAUGAGAAUGCUGACUUGUGUGAGCACUUGCCCUCACCCAAGCUGGACACCCGCUAUCCUCCUAAACCUUCCUUUGCUUGUACUUCCCUUUCCACCACCUCUGCCAGUCACUACAAUACCCCUGUUUCUAAAAUCUCCUCUAAGUUCCUCAAGGCUGAUAAUAAAACUAAAGCCACUGUUCAGCUGAAAGGAAAGAAGGGAACAGGAGCCAAUGGGGUGGCAUCAAAGCAAAAGACAGAGCCAAAGAACCAGCCCAAAAAGAACGGAGUCAGUGGGACCAAUGGAACCACAUCUAUGAGACGCAACAGCUCCAAUGCAGACCAGUGUAAGUACGGGAAGAACCGCGUGGAGGCUGAUGCCAAGAGACUGCAGGCCAAGGAGGAGGAGCUGAUGAAGAAGAAGCAGGAGAUAAGGAACCAUCUGACCCAGCUGAAGAAAGAGAGGAGAGACCUGCGCACUGCAGUGGAAGCUGCUGUUGGCAAACGUUCGCACGCCUCACUGUCGGAGCAACUGAAGAAAGUGGAGCAAGACUGCAAGCAGAGGGAGGAGGAGCGGGUAAAUUUGGAACUGGAGCUAACUGAAGUGAAGGAGAGUCUGAAGAAAGCCCUGAGUGGUGGGGUCACCCUGGGCCUCACCAUCGAACCAAAAGCUAGCUCCUCUGGAAUCCAGUCACCGGCGAUGCUGCGACGGAACCUUGAAUCUUCUCCCUUCUCCAGCUGUGACACCAGUGACACAGAGUCCUGCUCCGGACCACUGCCAGUCAACAGUGCCUCACUGCUCUGCCGGCAGCAGGGCAGCCAGAAGGUCUCACCAGUCCGGGGACACGUCCUCAGGAAGGCCAAGGAAUGGGAGCAGAAGACCGGCACAUAAACCGCCUGACCCCUCACAUCAGUCUCACCUUCAGUUCUUUUUUCUCUUUUUAAGAAAUUGUUUAUAUAUUUAUUUGUUUAUACUGUCAGAGAGUGGGUUGAGGAGCACACAAGCAUCCACGUGAACAAAACCAGUUGCUGUCACUACCAAAAUAUACACAGGCAACCUUUUUAACUAGUUUUGCCAUUAAGCAUGCUUAGUGUACUAAGUUGUGCAACUUGUGUCGUCCGCUGUACUUUCUUUUCAAGCAACCACCUUUUUUUCCUUUUCACUCAAACCUGUUUGACUGUUUGGGUUCAAAAAGGUCAAAACCAAGUAUUUAUUUGUAAAUGUUUAGAGGAAAUACUAGCUUCCCUUUAUUUAUGUUGAUAUAUUUAAAGGGGUUUUUUUUUUGUUGAAUUUGUGGCACUCCACAGAAUCCCAUCUCCUACACCAUUUAUCGUUCUCAUUCAUGGGUGUCGGCAUCAGCAAACAAAGUACAUCACGGUAAUCAGAACACACACCAGCUGAAUAACAAUGCAGCUCCUCUUUAAAGGAAUAGUUUGGAUUAUUUGAAGUGGGGUUAUUUGAGGUACUUAUCCAUUAUCUGACAUGGAGAAUAAGCAAUGUACUGCUGUGGAGAGGUCAGCAAUAAAACAGAUUUUAACCACCUAAAAAAAGUCCCUCCUAAGAAAAUAAAUAUCAGAUUAAGUGUACACUAUACUGAGAAAAUUUUCAGCGCUUUACCUUUCCAGUAGACUGCCUGUUCUGAUGGGGAAGCCGUUGACAACUUCAGUUCCCCAUCUAUGCUCUCGUCAAAGCCACUAGUCUCCCUCGACAAAAACAGGGAUUUUAGCUCGCUGAACACAGGAGCUGCUGGUCGAAUGUUGCUUUGAUCAGUUAGAUAGUUUGUGACUUUUGUGAAUCCAAACUAAAUCUUUUAAAUGCCAAAGUCACACAAUAACACAAAUAAAAUAACUGUUAGAGGCAGCAGUAGACCAGCAGCUUCUGUGUUCAGGAAUGUUAAAUCACUGUUUUUUUCAGUGGAGUAAAAGUAACGACCUAAUUUUCCAGUCGCAAAUCACUGUCUGCGACAGGUAAAGUGAGGAAAAACUCUUAAUACAACGCACACUUAAACUGAUAUUGAUUUUUUUAGGUGGGACUUCUUUUGGGUGGAUAAAAUCAGCAGUAGAUUGCUUAGCUCCCAUAUAGGACUUCAACCUGAUUCACCAAACUGGAGAUGUGCCAAAUGACAUCUACUGUAUGUAAUACAUUGACGAUGGAUACGUACCUCACACAGCCUCACUUCAGAAAAUCUGAACCAUCUCUUCAAGGGGCUUUUGAAAAAGCAGAAUCAUUCUAAAGAUCAUCAUAAAACAUAAUGAACUGUGGAGGUUGAUCAGUAUGGCUGUUAGACAUGUUGACAUGUUUAAAGAGGGCUGAUUUAUGCAAAGCAGUGUAGUUGUUUACCUUUUGGGGUUUUAUUUUUUGUUUUUUUGUUUUGUUUUAUUUUUGUUUUAUUAAAAUCAAAAGUAGGGUAUGUAACACACAAGAGUGUCCCAUCCCAUUAAUAAAGAAGAUAUUCAUUUUU